CCUCCUCCGACCUGCAGAUGCUCAUCGCUCUGUUCCCUACGUUGGCUCAUACGGCAAGACAAUCAUAUACGAUUUUUGACGAAAUAUACGCCUUCAAGAUCCUAGCAGUAAACAGGACUCAUGCCUAAACCCUCAUUCCAUCCAUCAAGAAACUCGUUCCAACCUGCUACCGAGUUAGACACAUACCGCGACCUACUGCUCUUUGAAGAACGUCUCAAGACCAAUGCGGCGGCACUACAGCGGAGAAAGUAUCAAUACCAACUAUUCCUUGUUCAGUUACUCCUCGCCAUCGUCUUUCUCUCGUCAGAGGUCCUCCUCGAAACCACAUUCCUCUCAGUAUCCUAUCGUCACCUCCUCCGCAAAGCCAUUCCUGGACUCAGCAUUGGCCCUGGAGGACCAUCCAUCCACCCUUAUGUCGCACCAGGCCUCCUCUUUGUCUCCGUAACCGCCCUUUUGCUCUUCUUCGCGUCGGGGGUGUAUUCGGAGAAGAUUGCAUACGCUAAUAGAUACGUUCCACACGCCAACAAGGCCCUCCGCAGCUUUAACAUGUACCUCAACAUGCGCCAGCCACCAUUACGCUCCAGGUUCUCCUUCCUCUUCAAACCCUGGCAGCUCUUCUUCGCCCGCCCUCCAGCAGACACACACAACAUCGGACACCAGUCUCGCCCCUCGAGCCCCACCAAAUCUGGCGACCGCAAUGCAUCCGUGCCCAUCUCGCCUAUACCCCCAACUAACAACCCGCGCGGCGAGCUCAUCUUCUCGUCCCGCGUUGACCGGAACUUCCGCGAGUCAUAUGAGCGUCAUCGCGCCCUCUUUGAGCGCCGGCGUGAUGAGCGCGAGCGCGAGGAAGCGUAUCGCACUUGGCUAGGGUGGGUCAUGCUCCACCUCCGCCGACCAUGGCGCCGCACCGUCACAGCCGAGACCCCUGCGUCUGCUGUACCGCCAGGUGCGCUUGCUAGCCGAACAUCAUCGAUCGCGAGCAGGACUGGGGCUGGCAGCACACGCUCUACGCCGAACUCAUCUAGGCGCUCCAGCCCUAUACCCCGCUCACAUCGCCGAAUGGUGCCUUCGAGCAGGUCGUCGACACCAGACAAGUCACUGCCUGACGAGAAGCAGAGUGAGGCGUCUCAGGGUAACGAACUGAGUGCAUGAAUAUGGGACAUACCUAGCGUAGCAGUCGAAUGGUAGUAUGGUCAGAUGAACUGUCCUUGCUUCGUCGCAGUUACUAUUGGUGGCAUCGUGGAUUUCCACGUAUGCCCCCACGCCUCGCCGUCUUCAUUUCGUCGUGAUCGUCGUGGAGUGAAGCCCUUCAACAUUGGGUUAAGACGUUGCCCCGCAUACAUGGUAUAUACUACAUUUCUCUGUAUUGGAAAAUCGGAUCCUGCCCACUGUCCCUAGCACUAGUACGAUGUUAGAGCCUUUGCUUCGAUCCUCAAGUGCCCAACUUGGUAGUAAUGUACUUGAGCACCCUCGCAGUUUGAAUAAGAUCAUCUUUCAAC